AUGACGGAUGGUGAGGUGAGGGCAGCCUUGUUCCAAAUGACCCAAACAAUCAUGUCUCAAGCUAACAGGAAGGUUGUUCCUCGAGAGAACCCACAUGCUAGUACUAUGGCUAGCCGUUUGAGAGACUUUACGAGGAUGAAUCCUCCCAUGGAUUAUAUGAGUCAUUUUGUAAAAGGCGUGUCCGAAGAGCUUGAAGAAGAAUGUUGUGCAGCCAUGCUUCAUGAGAAUAUGGAUCUUUCUAGGUUAAUGGUUCAUGCUCAACGGGUUGAGGAAAGUUGUCUAAGGAGGAGGAAUAGGGAAGCUAAGAGGGCAAAGUCGUUUUUAUGUUGCUAUGGUUGUGGCAAGGGUGGUCAUAUGGUGAAAGAUUGCCCUAAUGUUAUAAGCCAAGUCAAGGGAAAUGGUCAAUCUCAACCAAGCGGCCCUAGUUCUGUAGCUCAAAAAAGGAACUGUUUCUAUGCACUCAAGGCUAGGGGUGAACAAGAAAGCUCUCCCGACAUUGUGACUGGUAUGUUACAAGUUUUCUCUCUUAAUGUAUAUGCAUUGCUUGAUCCAGGUGCUACUCUUUCUUUUGUUAAAACUUUGGUAUAUAGGAAGUUUGAUGUACUUUCCGAUAAUCUGAUUGAACCCUUUUGGCUUGUACCCCAAUGGGCGAAUCUAUAG